UUGAAUACAACAAUGGAUUUAAUUAAAACUUUUGUAAUUUCCGUACUAGUGUUUGGAUUUUUAGAAAUUGGAUUUUCGAAUCCAAUUGAAACAAGCAAGUGCAACAAAGCACCUGAUGGCUAUUUUUUGUUUCAAAAUAGCUACUACAAAUAUCACAGCUACGCACAAACAUGGUAUAAUGCAUCAGAAACUUGUAAAAAAGAAGGAGGUGAUUUAGUGGUAGUUAAUUCAGAAGAUGAGGCCUCUUUAUUAAUUCGCUUAAUGGAAGAACAUCCGGCUGAUUCUGUUUGUUCGGAAGUUGGUUUCUAUUGCUGGAAAAACUAUAUUCUCGUAGGAUUUAGAAAAUAUACCGUAUUCCAGAUUAACUUAUUGCAAGAUGAACUCGAUUCACCUCUAAGAGAGAGCAAGUGGAAAACAGUUGAUGGGAAAUCACUCAACGAAUCAGGAUAUUCUCGUUGGGCUCCGGGUAAACCAAAUGAAUAUAGUGACGGCGAAAAUUGUGGAACAUUUUAUCGUUAUGGUGGUUUAAAUGAUUUUCCUUGCAUUUAUAGACAACCUUUUGUAUGCGAAAUUCCAGUCAACAAAUGUUUUGGAAAUAAGGAUGAGUCAAGGUCAACAAAGCCUGAACAGGGGGUGACUAAACCUUCUUCAGAAACAAGUUAUUACGGCUAUCACACUCAAAAUAAUGAUUAUUCGAUGGAGACAAAUACGCUGCCCGAACGGGAGGUGACUGAAUCUUCUCCAGAUUUUAAAUCUUUAACUGGUACCUUGAAACGUAAAUUGGCUAUAAUGAAAUCUGCUGAAAGGAUAAUGAAGCAUUUAGAUCCAGACUUUACAACUUCUUCAGUAAAUUUUGACGAUUUGGAGAAGGAAGUAGAACUGGCAAAGAUACGAGACGAAAAUCUGAAGCGUUUAUCUGAACUGGAAUUUCCAACUUCUGUAUUGAAUCAUGAAGCUUCAGCGAGUGAAGAACAUACAGUCAAGCCUUUUCACGCUAAGUGGAAAGCAAUGUGGAAAGACCGACAAAUAUGGUGAAUUGGUAACACCUAGUAAUUUAAGUACAGCCGGUAUUUGUACCGCUAAUCAUCAAUUAGUAGCUUUUAUAGUUUUAAUUGUAUUUUAUAAAAAUUUAUAAUUGUUGUUAAAUAAAAGUAAAAUUUUUC